UAACACUUUGUUCUACAUUCAAACACAUAUCAAAUUGUCCAAGUUGAUAAUCUUUACGUCAUUAAAAAUCUUGAAAUUGACUUAAGAUACUUCAUGAAAUUAAAUAAAAAGGACUUAAAAAUAAAUUAAUAAUGAGAAGUAGCGGUUUGGUUUUGUUUGCAUGCGCUGGCUUGCUGCUUAGCGGCGGCGCCAUACUAGGUGGGUCUGCGGCAUGGAGCCUACUGCGCAUGUCGUACUACUUCUGGACGUCGGACCUGGGCGUAGAGCUGGGCUCGAGCGUGCUGUUCAUGGCGGGCGCGCUGCUGUGUUUGCCCACCUGCUGGCUGUCCACCCUCGUGCCCUACCAUCCUAGGUCGCUGUCGCUCUUAGCUACUUUGAUGACGCUGGUGACGGUGUCGAUGGUGAUGCUGGCGCUGGGCUUGUCGUCGAUCACGUCGCUGUCCCGAGCGGUGCGCGAGCCGCAAGCUCUCAACGAGAGCAUGGCGCGCGCGAUGGCGAUCGACUCGUUCGAUCCUGCUGUGCGCAGCUCCUUCGCAGCCAUGCAGCUUGAGUUGAGAUGCUGUGGUAUAAAUUCUUACGCGGAUUGGUAUCAGCAUCGCCGGUCUCUGCCGCCCGCGUGCUGCGGACGAGUGUGGAAUGGAAAGCGUGGAGACCAGUGCGAGACGCCGCUGUACGUGGUGUCGUGCCUGCGUCCCGCUCUCAACGAGCUGCGCAACUUCGCCAACUCGCUCUCAGCUCUUGCCUCGGCUAUGAUCAUUGUUAUGGCGGUGACGCUGUUCGCGACGGCGUACACGCUGGUGUCGGGCGCGGUGGAGAUGCGCGCGUGCAAGCCGUCGCCGCUGCCGCUGCGCAUCGCGUGCCUCGCCGCGCCCCCCGCGCCCCCCGCGCCCCUCGCGCCCCUGCUCACCCUCGCCUCGCCCACCUCGCCCAUCGCCAUCAACACCCCACCUUCCAUGUGAUCGCACCUUUACCACACUCUGCUGCGUUGUGACCACUUGUAAGUUACAAUAUUUUGUUAUUAAACUAUCACGUGUAAAUGAAUCUUGUUCAUUUUAUUUGUAUUCGAUUACGUUGAAGCAGAAUUGUCGUAUAAAUUAUUCUAUCGGAGUAUGUAAUAAAUAAUUUAUUAAGAA